GGCGCGCGAAGCUGCGGGCGCGAUUUGUCCCUCGCGGCGGCCCGUACCCGGCGCGGCGGCGGGACAACGUGUCUGGGCUUCCGGCCGCCUGUCCGCCUGCGUCGGUCGCUGCGAUGGAGGACGGGCCCGAGGAGCAGCCGGAGUUCUCCUACCGCCAGAGGCUGAAGGCAGCGGUCCACUACACCGCCGGCUGUCUCUGCGAGGAAGUGGCGUCGGACAAAGAGGUGCAGUUCAGCAGGCAGACCAUCGCCGCCAUCUCAGAGCUGACUUUUCGACAGUGCGAAAACUUUGCCAGAGACCUUGAGAUGUUCGCAAGCACUAAACAAUGGGUGACUCGUUCCCGCCCCUCUGCAGACAUGCGAGAAGAAGCACAAUCAACACUGAAGAUGUGAAGCUGCUGGCCAGGAGGAAUCACUCACUGCUAAAAUACAUCACAGAGAAAAAUGAAGAGAUUACUCAGUGUAAUCUAGAGCGAAAAACGAAGAAGAAGAAGAAGUCAGAGGAUGAAGGUGGGAAUUCAGCGGAGCCCACGGAGACUGGAGUGGGGGGAAAGGAGUGAUGUUCUGCUUUCUCUUCUCGCUCCCCUUCAUUGAAUAAAUACUUGUGGAAACACUGA